AUGUUCUUCAGAGUAUUUAAGUGCAAAAGCACUGUAAUUCCGGCUAGAUCUGUAUUUACAUGGCGUUCCUAUAGUCGUCAGUUUUCAGCCCGACCCAGUACUGUGAGUGGAAAUAAGACUUGGCUGUUUCUUGGUGGUGUUACUCUACUUGGAAGUGGGAUUGGAUUAGGAUUGUUAUAUUCCCUGGUAAAAUUCGAUAAUCAUAAAAUAGGUUCAACUACUCCUCUUGAGACAGUCGAGCCAACUACUUAUGCUGACAGUCAACAAUUCAAGACUGCUAUAAGCCAGAUCAGAGAUAUUGUGGGUGAUGACAACGUCAGCCGUAAUGAAGAUGUAAUCAAGGCGCAGGCAGAUAGUUUCUUCAGCACUCAUCAUCCUCCUGAUCCAAUUUCGCAACGGCCGGGCGUUGUGGUAUACCCUACAUCUACUGAGCAAGUCUCACAGAUAUUGAAAGUCGCCAAUAAAUACAAAGUGCCAGUUGUUGCAUCAUCUGGAUUGACUUCAUUGGAGGGACAAUUGAUGCAUGUCAGAGGGCCAAACAGCGUCUCUUUGUCGUUCGAAAAGAUGGAUAAGAUCUUAGCUGUACAUCCUGAUGAUCUUGAUGUCGUCGUGCAGCCCGGUGUUGGAUGGGAAGAGUUGGAUGAGUUCUUACGUAGCAAAGAGGAAACGAAGCAUCUAAUGUUUGGGCCAGAUCCCGGUAUGGGAGCUAAAAUUGGUGGGAUGGUCGGCACAAGCUGCUCAGGAACGAAUGCCUACAAAUAUGGAACCAUGAAAGAAAAUGUCUUGAAUUUAACUGUAGUUUUGGCAGAUGGAACAAUUUUGAAGACUAGACAAAGGCCUAAAAAGUCUAGUGCUGGGUAUGAUUUAACGAGACUUUUCAUUGGAUCUGAAGGAACUUUGGGAAUUAUAACAGAGGCUACUAUAAAACUUCACGUGCGUCCAAAGGUAGAGCUUGUAAGUAUCCUCAGCUUCCCUAAUAUUGAGCUGGCUGCAUCUACUGCAGGAAGCAUUAGUAAGACCGGGAUCCAGCUUAAUGCAAUUGAGCUUUUAAAUGAAACCAUGGUUCACUUUGUAAAUAAAUAUGGUGGAGUUGUUGAUCAGAAUGACAGACCAAAAACAUUUAGUGAAAAACCUACUCUUUUACUCAAAAUCGGGGGGCCAAGUAAACAAUCUGUUGACGAGCAAAUUAAAUUGAUAUCUCAGAUUAGUAAAGAGAAUGGGCUGUUGAGUUUUGAGUCUUCUAAAGAUGAAAAUGGAAAUGCCAUUUUAUGGUCAGCACGAAGAGCUGGUCUUUGGUCAACUAUUCAAUACGGUUCCGAGAUAUUGGAUGAUCCAAAUGAUGUUCAAGUUUGGUCGACUGACAUUGUGGUACCUGUUUCUCAUCUUUCUCGUCUAAUCAAAGAAACAAAUGAUGAUUUAAAUAGUCUGGGCUUCAAAGGUAAAUUUUCUGUAGCGGGACAUGUUGGAGAUGGUAAUUGUCAUUUUAUGAUCCUUUACAAUAGUAAAGAUUAUCGCAAAGUUGAAUCUGUUGUUGAUAGAAUGGUAUACCGGUCUUUGGAGCACGAAGGCUCCUGUACUGGAGAACACGGUGUUGGAGUGGGUAAAAGGAAAUAUUUGAAUGACGAGCUAGGCGUCUCAGCUGUUGAUUUAAUGAGACAUAUUAAACUUCUGUUAGAUCCAAAAAGAAUACUAAAUCCGGACAAGGUCUUGAAGCUUGACACGACUGACAAUUUAGAUGAACAACUUGAACACGUCAGUUUAAUAGAAAGCAGCAAUAAACAUUGCUGCUGA